CCCGGGAGUCCUCGGUCGGGCGCUGGCCAGGGAUGUUUUGCUGCCCGUGGAAAGCCCCUGCCGGGUUUUUGUAGAGCCGCUGGAAACUGGGCUAAGGAGUGAAAGGGAGUCGGAGCUGGAUUCCUUCAGAGAGAGGGGAAGUUGACGCACCAGCCUAAGAAUAGCUCAGGGAGGGGAAGUAUGGACAAUGUUGUCACCAAAGCUGCUGAUGAAACCGCGGCCAGAAGUGGAGGAGUCUUUGGGCCUUCCCACGAUCGGGGCCUUUGACUCGUAAAAGGCUCCUCCGAGAAGCUUCGCAGACCAGAAGAGGGGAAGAAGGAGCAGCCGGCUGUCGGAGGGAGCAGACCGCGUCCUGGAGCGUGGGGAAUUGGGGGGGCGAGAGGAAGUCGCUGUAUGUGGAGUUUUCGGACAAAAUGCUUUCUCUGAAGAAAUACUUCACCGAAGGCCUCAUCCAGUUCACCAUCCUGCUCAGCUUGAUCGGCGUUCGCGUGGACGUGGACACCUACCUGAACUCGCAGCUCCCCCCUCUCCGGGAGAUCAUUCUUGGCCAGAGCUCCGCUUACACCCAGACCCAGUUUCACAACCUGCGGAACACCUUGGAUGGAUAUGGCAUCCACCCAAAAAGCGUAGACCUGGACUAUUACUUCACCGCUCGCAGGCUGCUCAACCAGGUGAGGGCCCUGGACAGGUUUCAGGUGCCCACCACCGAAGUCAACGCCUGGUUGGUGCACAGAGACCCCGAAGGCUCCGUGUCCGGUAGCCAGCCCAGCGCCGGCAUCGCCCUAGAGAACGGCAGCGGCCUGCAGGAUGGGAGCGGUCCCGACAACGGGGUGAGGGAGAGCGGAGCGGAGCAGGGCUUUGGGGAAGAACUGGAAGAUUUGGGAGCGGUGGCUGCCCCGGUGAACGGAGACCUGACCAAAGAGUCCAGCCACCGUCAGAAAGAGAGCGAAGUGGACAAAGAGCUGAGCGAUGGGAGGGAGCGCGGGGACAGCUGGAGGAGCGGAGGGAAUGAGAUCUUGGAUAGAAACCUGCUAGUUGAUGGAGAGACCGGGGAGAGUUUCCCUGCGCAGGUGCCCGGUGCGGAGGAUCAGACAGCCCUGUCCCUGGAGGAGUGCCUUAGGCUGCUGGAGGCCACCUUCCCUUUCGGGGAGAAUUCGGAGUUUCCAGCUGCGGAUGUCUCCACCCUGAGCGAAGCCGUGCCCGGCGAGAGCAGGUCCGCGGGCAUCCAGACCAGCCUGCUGUCUCCUCUCCUCACAGAGACCGAGUCGCCCUUCGAUCUGGAGCAGCAGUGGCAGGACCUCAUGUCUAUCAUGGAAAUGCAGGCUAUGGAAGUGAACAACACAACCGCAGAAACCCUGUACAACGGCACGAGCGGAGACCUGCUGACUUCUAACUACAGCCUCGCUCCGAACACUCCCAUCAAUCAGAAUGUCAGCCUGCAUCAGGCCUCUCUGGGUAGCUGCUCCCAGGACUUCUCCCUCUUCAGCUCAGAAAUCGAAAGCCCCUCCAUGGCUGGCAGCUCGGCCCUGCUCCAGCUGGCGCCGGACAACUCCACCGGCCUCAACACCACCUUCGGCUCCACCAACUUGAGCGGCAUCUUCUUCCCUCCGCAGCUGAACAGCACAGUCAACGAGACGGCUGGCCCCGAGCUGCCAGACCCGCUGGGUGGUCUUCUAGACGAAGCCAUGCUUGACGAGAUCAGCUUGAUGGACUUGGCGAUUGAAGAAGGUUUCAACCCGGUGCAGGCCUCGCAGCUGGAAGAGGAGUUUGAUUCCGACUCGGGUCUUUCUCUGGAUUCCGGCCACAGUCCUGCUUCUCUGAGCAGCUCAGAAGCCUCCUCCUCCUCCUCCUCCUCUUCCUCCUCGUCCUCUUCCUCGUCCUCUUCCUCCUCCUCGUUUUCUGAGGAAGGAGCUGUCGGCUACAGCUCAGACUCUGAAAACGUGGACUUCGAAGAAGCGGAAGGGGCGGUUGGAUGCCAGCCAGAGUACAGCAAGUUCUGCCGCAUGAGCUACCAGGACCCGUCGCAGCUCCAUUACUUGCCUUACCUGGAGCACGUUGGCCACAACCACACCUACAACAUGGCGCCGGGGGCCCUGGAUCCCGAGGAGCCCAAACUGCCCAGCGCGGGGAAGAAGAGCAGCAAGGAGAAGCCGUCCGAGUUCCUGGAUAAGCAGAUGAGCAGGGACGAGCAUCGAGCCAGAGCCAUGAAGAUCCCCUUCACCAACGACAAGAUCAUCAACCUGCCCGUGGAGGAGUUCAACGAGCUCCUCUCCAAGUACCAGCUCAGCGAGGCGCAGCUGAGCCUGAUCCGCGACAUCAGGAGGCGAGGCAAGAACAAGAUGGCUGCCCAGAACUGCCGCAAGAGGAAACUGGACACCAUCCUGAACUUGGAACGGGACGUCGAGGACUUGCAACGGGACAAGUCCAAACUGCUCAGGGAGAAGGUGGAAUUCCUCAAAUCCAUCCGCCAGAUGAAGCAAAAGGUGCAGAACCUCUACCAGGAAGUGUUCGGCCGCCUGCGGGACGAGAACGGCCAGCCCUACUCCCCCAGCCAGUACGCCCUGCAGUACGCCAGCGACGGCAGCGUCAUUUUGAUACCUCGCGCCGUGGCCGACCAGCAGGCCCGGCGGCAGGAGCGGAAACAGAAGGACCGCAGGAAGUGAAGGGAUGGCGACGCGGGAGGAGUGGGACACUCGCUCAAGUGAGAACUGGAGAAGGGCUGAGCCUGGAAGUACUUAGAGGAACUUUCAUGCCUUCUUAUCCGAUAUAUCUUCUCAAAAAAAAAAAAAAAACAAACAAAAACGUGACUGCUGCCGGUCAGUGUACGGGAGAGACUGCGGGACCUGCGGGCUGAGCUUUGAGGGCUCCCUGCGGGGAGGGACGGGGAGGAGCGGACCCUGCACUGGCGAGCCCGGCGCCUUCCACAACCUGGAAUCCUUUGAGCGCAGGAAACGAGCUGGCAUCACUGGUGGCGAGACUGGCAGAGGUGGAAAAACUACUGUUAGGAACUGGCUUUAAAUAAGAAAAGAGAUUUGAGCAAAUGAACUUAAAACAAGUUAUAGGAGAGACGUUUUUCUGAACUUCCAAAGUUCUGUGAUUUCAGGUAGUUGGUUUUUUUUUUUCUUUUUUUUUUGUUUUGUUUUUUUUUUUUUCCUUUUCCUGAACCAGUUUUGACAUCGGUGUGUGUGAUUCAAUCUGACUUAAUUCCAGAUUAACCAACAUCCCUUCCUAGAUCAGACCAGUGCACACAUGGAAACACAAGUUGGUGUGACUUCCAUUAACCCUUUCCAGUCUGAGGAAGCUCGGAGGGGGCUCGCGGGAGAACU